CCAUUUAACUGUCGUGCGAUGUGUAGGCAUAAUAUUUAUGGGAAAGGAUGUAAAAUGCUCCCCUGGAGAAAAAAGUGAGAGGAUGUGACAUGUCUGGUGAUAUGUUUUUCUGUUAUUUCUCAUUAUCUCAUGUGACUAAUUAAGCCGAAGACAUCUGAGAGGCUAGCGGAGGUGAAGGAUUCUGUUUAAAUUUGAUCCUGCUACGGUAGAUGAAAUGCCUCGAUGGACCCGCACGAAAGAACAUCCCAUGGAGUGUCAAUUCGUUAUUAGGAAAGCAAGCGCCUCAAAAUAAAUGGGCCUCGCAUAUGUAUUUUGUUGGACAACUUGAACGGUCUGAAAAUUUAGCUUUAGCUAAGCCCAGAAAUCAGGACCAUGGACUACGACUGGGUUUAGGAAGCCGAACAAGCCCAAAACGGGUUAAAGCCGGACCGUUAACGAUUAACAAAUCUCUUCCUCCAGAGUCCUUGCGAACCUAACCUCCGCCAUUUCACACAAAAAACCGUUACAUCUCCCUCCCUCUCCCUUCCCCUGGCUUCCUCCGAAUCCGAGAGGGAGGGAGCGAAGAGCACGCUCUCACACCGCGCCCAGAUCGAUAUCUCAAUUCCCUUCUCUUCCUUUCCGACGAACGAAAUCGAAGAAGAGACAUCGAAAGAGAGAUCAAGAAUUCAAAGAGAGAAUGGGGGAUUUCAAUCUGAUGCUGGCGGUGGUGGCGGUGGUGGUGCCGGUGCUGGUCAUCCUGGCGAGCGUCUACCUGCUGGUGAACUACCAGCACCCGGAUGACGCCAACCAGGCCUACCUCCCCAAGGCGGUCGUCGUCCUCGGCCUCUCCAUCGCCGCCCUCUCCAUCCUCAUGCUCCCCGCCGACGUCGCCAACCGCCAGGCCUGCAUCCACGCCAUCUACAGCGGCGCCUGCGACCUCACCCUCCCCAUGAAGCCCCUCUGGCUCUUCAUCUACGUCGCCGACGCCCUCCUCGUCUUCUUUGUCAUCCCCUUCGCCAUGUUCUACUACGAAGGCGACCUUGACAAGACCGUGGGAGAGAGGAUGAAGAGCGCGCUCAAAUGGGUCUUAUGCUCGGUCCUUGUUUGUGGGCUCGUUCUCCUCAUAUUUUAUGGACUACUUGGUAAAGUGGACUUCACGGUUAGACACCUCUCUUCAUCAGUGACAAACUUCCCUAGUACUUGGCCAGAAUUCACAAGCACUAAACCUUGUCUUGAUCAAACUGCUUACGAGUGUGCUGCAUCCACAGCAGAAGCUUCUUCAGAAACAACUUGGACAAUGCGCACUACGCUCCCAAUGUAUAUUGUCGCUCUGGCAACAAUUGCUGGAUCAGUGCUAUUCACAAUAUUCGGAGGUGUUGGGAUUGCCUGUCUUCCACUGAGUCUCAUAUUUUCCUAUAUACGGCGUCCAAAAGCUGUCAUUACCCGCUCACAGUAUAUAAAGGAGGCAACAGAAUUGGGAAAGAAAGCUAGAGAAUUGAAGAAAGCAACUGAUGCCCUUCAUCGGGAAGAAAAAAGCGGUUCAAAGGAUAAAAAAUGGCGCAAGAAUGUAAAAGCUGUUGAAAAGGAGUUAUUUCUCCUGGAGGAAGAUGUGAAAGCUUUGGAGGAGAUGUAUCCUCAAGGUGACCAGCAGGCAGAGACUGCUUGGGCUCUAACCGUACUUGGUUACAUGGCAAAACUUGUAUUGGGUAUUCUAGGGUUGAUUGUUUCAGUGGCUUGGGUUGCACACAUUUUCAUUUAUUUACUUGUCAACCCUCCUCUUUUCCCUUUCCUGAAUGAGUUCUUCAUCGAAUUAGAUGAUUUCUGGGGCUUGUUGGGUACUGCAGCAUUUGCAUUUUUCUGCUUCUACCUACUCCUUGCAGUGACUGCUGGGGCCAUGAUGCUUGGUCUGAAAUUAGUUUUUAUAACCAUCCACCCGAUGAAGUGGGGCGGAACUCUGAUGAAUUCCUUUCUAUUUAAUGUGGCACUCAUUCUACUUUCCUCCAUCAGUGUGAUUCAGUUCUGCGCGACAGCUUUUGGUUACUAUGCACAAGCAACUGCUGCUCAGGAGAUAUUUGGCCACACACUGCAGUCUCUUCGUGGAAUCAGAUAUCUGUACAAAUAUAAUGUGUUUCAAUGGUUAUUUGUUCUUUUGGCAAUAUUCACUUUCGUCUACUAUGCAGCAACUGGUUGGAAAAGGCAAAAACCGAGUGCUCGGUUUCAGCUUUCGGAGUGACACUUGUGCUGGUGGAUGUCGAAUUCAACUUCUUAACUGGUUGACUAUACUGGUGUGGUAUGAGUUUUUAAUAUACCUGGCGCAUUCCACUGACAACUUACAGUUACUAGAAAAUGCAAACCAGGGCUGUCGAAGAUUUCUAUUCGCAGAAUGUCUGGCAUUCCAGUUGAGAGAUGUUGAUCUUGGUGCUGAUGUGCUUUAGUUGCUUUAUCUUCUUUGGGCUUGAAUUUCCUCAUCUUUGAAAUUCAGAUUAUGUAUUAAUAGCUGGCUAACCAUAUUGUGUAAAAUUCUGUUAUCUGAAUUGUGUGAGAGAAAAAAAAAAGAAUAAUCUUUAUUUGCGAAAUCAAAUAUUACUUACUUGUCUA